GCGGCAACUGGAUAGCCCUACAGGAAGACGUCCGUAUACACCUUGUGCGCCGUAGGCUGACCGUCAUUCGUCGUGAGCGCGCAGCGAAGACGAGAUGGCGUCCGGACCGGCAUCCGCGCCGCCAGGCGGUGGCAGUCUGCCAUUGCUGAGAGUCAGGAGCAUAGCGCCCUUGCCCAGCUUCAGCAUCCCGCAUCCCAUACCCUCGGCCAGCGACUCGAUUUCCGCAUUCAAACUCUCCAUCCUCUCCAUCCUCACCCUGCGAACCAAUCCAGCAUCCGCAACCUCUUCCACACCUCUCUUCGUCUCCGCUUCGGAAAGGCUCAAGAUGGAGGUGUUGGAGGGAUGGAGGAGGGAGAUGGUGCUGCUAGAGCUUAGACAGAAUGCAGUCAUUGCGCCAGAGACGAGGAACAGCGAACGUGCUCGAGAGAUGGAUCAGGAAAUCGUUGGCUUUGUGUUGGAGGAUCAUCAUGAUUGCGGUCUGCUCGAGGAAGGCGAUGAGGUCUUAGUGCGCAUCAAAGCCCCUCAUACCCUGGCAUCUCUCAAACUACCUCCAGUUCCCAGCGGACAUACCUUUGGUCUGCCACCAGGGAGCUUGACCAGAGCUGGGACGCUCUCAGCGCCGCCUCCAUACUCGGAAGCAGCGCCUCGCGAGCCAUCCUCCCACAGCUCCUCGGUCGCUGGUCAGCCCAACGCCAAUUUCCAUCAGUACGUAUACAGGGAUGCUGCUAGGGGCGUGCGCGUCAUGACCACUCAACAAGCCGCCAUGCAGAAUGGCAUAUACGGAGGAGUGUCGGGAGCGAAUAGGGAUGCGCCGGCCAAUGGUCAGCAUUUGGGCGUAACGGGCGCCAAUGGGCUCAGCGCACCAGAAGCGAAUCCGCGCAGGCUCGGACCGUCUAGACGCGCUAGCGCUGGUAUCAAUGGAAUGCCAAAACCUGGCGCAUACAAGCCGCCUCCCAUCUCUCCGCCACCCGCAGAGAGCAGCGCGGCGGCUCCACGACCCUUGCGAAGACCUAGCUCGCGCGGCAACGUCCUAGCUUCCACUCCAGAAGUCGGUGUCGUCUCCUCGCCUCCGCAUCAACAACACUUUCGCAGCACAUCUUUCGGCUCAACUGGCUCCCCAGCCACGUCCUUCUUUCCAGCGACUGGCUCUGGAGCAGCAGCCGUCAUUCCGGCGCAUAGGCGGCGCAACACUUCAGACGAACCGGGCAAGGGCGCAGCAGCAGCAGCAGCAGCAGCACCCAACGGGGGCUCUGCGAGUCCUUCCCUCGCUGCCCCCUCGCCUCCUUUGGCGAUGCCGUCCACAGCAUUGGUCAUUGGUCCAGGCGUGCAGGGCCGAUUUGGAAACACACCAGCAGAACCGGUCUCGCAGUCUAUUCAGAAUGCAGAUUAUGGCAACGUCAAGCACUUUGCUAGUUUCACCGCGGCGGGCGGAGAGGUCAGACCUACGGCUUCAUCUUCGAAAAUUGGCGAUCGCACGUCUGAACAGCAAAGACUCGGUGGAGUAGAGGGACAGGACGAAGUGCAGACUGCCACGCCUCUGGCGCAGAGUUCGCGGGAAAACGCAGCGGCCCUUGCAGCUGAGCGAGGAAGAGGCAAGCGAAAAGGAUCGUAUGAUCAGCAGGAUGUGGGAAGCGCUGCUACUCCCGGUGCUCCACCUCCUCUCGCUUCUCCACCGAUCUUGGAGAAUGAGCGCGAUGCCAGAUCCAAAGCUGCUGCUGAUGCUGCGGAUCGCCGAGCUGCGUUGGCGCGAACGCAAACCGCACAGCGCGAUGGCGACGUCGCUGGGCCCUCGUCCAUGCCGGCGGCUGCCUCCAAAGACAAGCUGCCUCCUACACCCGUGUCGACCGACUCUCCUUCUGCAGAGUCGCAUGGAUACAAUCUGGUACAUGCAAAGCCGGAGAGCAUGAAGCGGAGAGGGUGAAUGAGGCGCCGGCGUCGAGAGUGAAUGAAGCGCCAGCGUCGCCUCUGCGCAAGCACAAGUCGUCGAGGCCUUCCAUGGGA